GGCGCUUCCUGCAAGGAGGAGGAGGAGGCAGGGCAAGGCCUCAGCUGCAGGGGCGGGGAGAAGUGGGGAGCGAUGCUUGUCUCUGAGCUGAGGCGGUUCUGGCUGGCAGAGCAGUCUGGAGGCGGUCCAGGGUGCUGUGGAGGCAGGGGGCUCCCUAGGUUUGAAACAAAGACCUUGUGGGCAGCUCCCCUGAGCCCAGGCCGGCAGGAUGGCGGUGUAGUGCAAGUGAGGCCACAGGCGGGAUGGCUGGUGCUAAGAGGAGCCACCUGUGAUUUGGACCCCCAGCUGCAGUUUGGUCCCUUGAAGAUGAAGUGGCCCAGGUGAAGCCAGGCCAGGUCCCAUGGCCAGCUCAGGGACAAAGACACAAUGGGCUGGGCCAAGCCUGGGGCAAGGGCCCCGAAGGCGGCGCUGGGCUUGGGCUGAGGAACAAGACGCAGAUGGAAGAAGUGACCAGGGCUGGGGAAACAAACAGUCUCUUCCUGAAGCCAUCAGUCCUGAGCUCCUAGAGGACUUCCGCAGGGCACAGGGUCAUCUGCCAGCCCUAGAGUGGGACCCAGACAUGCAGGACUCCGAAGAGUCUUCUGGAGAAGAGACUGAAGCUGAUGAUGUGAACAGCCCAGAGGGUCCCACCGUGCCCCUGCCCUGGCUCUCUAGGCACCAUCAACAACAGCUGGAUCUGUCUGAAGAGGAGCUGGAUGAGGCCCCUGGGAGCCCUGAGGUAGACUUAGCUGGAGAGAGUUAUACAGAGCUGGAGUGUGAAGACCAGGGAGAUUCCAGCCCUCCAGCUCUAGGACAGGGACCAGCCAGUGGCUGGAUUACCUCUCUCAAACAAGGCAGUAACUACAGAUCUUCAGAGCAUCUUGAGACCCAGCUAUCUGUUGAACACAGUCACACAAAGUCUUGGAGCAGUGGGACCGUGAGCCUAGGUCAACCUAGUGACAGCCUUGGUUCUACCUGUGAAGAAGACACCGAUGUCCACCAGCCUGCCACCUUGCCCGAAGCCCUGCCACAGAGUCUGUGCCACAACCUUCCACACCCAGGUGACAGAAAUGGAGGUGACGUUGCUCCGGCAACACCUACAGAAUUCCGGGACUCCUUAGCAUCGCCAGCCCAGAAUCCUGAGUGCUCUACAGGCACAUGGGGACGAGAAACCACCAGCCUCCCCAGCUCUCGGCUUGAGGACCAGACCUGGAAGAGAACUAAGACAUCACCUAAGCCGCUGCCCUCCCGGUUCACUGGCUCAGUCAGCCCCCUGAGUACUCGGCUUGGGGCAGUAAAGAAAGUUGUGUCACAGCACAAGCAAGGAGCCACUCUGGCUGGCCACUCUUCGUCACAUGCUCCCAAGUACGGCAAAGGGCGCCUGAACUACCCACUCCCGGACUUCUCCAAGGUGGGGCCCCGGGUGAGGUUUCCCAAAGAUGAGAACUACCGACCCCCGAAGUCCAGAGGCCACAACAGGCAGCAGGGCUCUACCAGACCCCUCAUCUUCAAGUCGCCAGCUGAGAUCGUUCGGGAUGUACUGUUGAGUAGCGGAGAGGCAUCCCUGGCCAAGGGGUCUCCUCUUGCUCACCCUAUCCCCAGGGUGCCCCAGGAGUUCCAGACACCCGAACAAGCCACUGAGCUAGUUCAUCAGCUCCAGGAGGACUAUCACAAGCUCCUCACCAAGUAUGCGGAGGCUGAGAACACCAUUGACCAACUUCGCCUUGGGGCCAAGGUGCAUCUGUAUUCAGACCCGCCCCAGCCCAGUCAGAGCUUCUGCUCUGGGUCAAUGCCACAAGGAAGCAAGGUCAUAUCCUUCUCUAUCCCACAACCCAGAUCAGCAGAGUGGUGGCCUGACUCUGCCCAGGAUCCUCAGGCCUCUGAGGCCACGGGGUGGCCGUCCCCACGAACAGACCUGAGUCCCUCCUCGUCCCCCAGCAUGGCCACUCCAGGCCGGCAUCCUCAGAGCCAGGGCACUGCCACAGACCAGCCCUCCACAGGACAAACCCAGGCUCUGACCUCUCAGGUCAGCCGGCUUCUAGCCAAGGUGGAAUCCUUCGAGGAACUGGUACUGGCUGGACACCUCCCACCCCAGGACCAAAUCAAGAGCUUGGAGCAGCUGAGGGCAGCCCACAUGGCCCUAGAGGCAGAGUACCUGCAGGCUUGCAGAGAAGAGCACUUGAACCCUCAGCUUGAUGCCUCCCAGGGGAGUCCCAGGACCCUCAACCUCUGCAGGGAGCUAGAGGCAGAGAUAUACCACCUGGGGCAGCGCCUGGAAGAGCUGCAGGACCAUAUGGACCAGACCCAAGGAGAGCUAGAGCCAUGUGUGCCAGACCUGCAGGACAGCACCCCAGUCAUGCCCUUUCUGCCCCAGCCAGCUCAUCUGCCCAUGCCUUCAGGACCAGUCUCCUCAGCAGAUGUCCAAACCUACCAGGAGCCUGCUACCAUCACCACUUCCCCCGGAAGCUCUUGCAUGCUCCCCGUGAACAAGGAGGUAAGCCUGGACAUCAAGACAGAGGAAAGCCCAAGAGGUCUCCCAGUCCCACUCAGAGACAGGAAGCCUCAGAUGGAGCAGGACUUUCAUGGCCUUCUGGAGAGAUACCUCAGCGUGAAGUCCCUCCCUGAAGCCUUGAGAGUUGAAGAUGAGGAGGACCUAGAGGAGGAGGAGGGGGAGGAACAGGAUCAUCAUGGCACCUUGGAAGAUGAUGGUCCAGCCGCAGCUCCAGGGAAAACAGAAGCCAUGAGGGUAUCACCAGGACAGCGCUCAGCACAGGCUGUGGAGAACCAUAGGGCUGCUAUCCAGGGAGAUGAGGAACAGAUGCCAUCUAUGACAUCACCAAACUUCCGGCCAUCCAAGGCCAGAGACAGGUACACACCAGUCCUGGAUACCGAGGAAGUGGCUCAACAGGGCACCAAACCCAUGACAUCACAUCAGAGCAGUCUGACCAGCCUGGAAGAGAGCAGGUCCUCAGAGGUGCUUCCUCGCAAAGCCUUGCUUCAGGGUGGUGGGCCCCACACUGAGGAGCCCUGGAUGGUGUCACCAGAGACAGACAGUGGCUUCGUGGGCUCAGAAACCAGCAUAGUGUCACCUUUCGCCCAGACCCCAGAGCAUCGGCUCUCCCAUGUCAGCACUUCAGGGCCAUCAGCUCAACACCUCACUGCCUCUGUGCCUGGUGAUGGUACCUCCCAUCCCAAGGCCAGGGGUCCCAUGGUUCCCAGAAGAACCACUGAGGCUGACAUACCCAGAAACAGAACCCAGCGGCAUCUCUCCAGCCUGAGCUCUUCCCAGAGAGGACCACAGAGCUGCCACUUACAGGAGACACCAGUGGCUAAGAUAGUGGCUCCCAGGUCUGAGUUCAAGAGACAGAAACAGCUCCUUCCCAAUGGAACACCCAGCCCGGACUCCGCCCCAGCUCCCACAGCUGCCUCCAUCCCCCAUGGAUCAGCAGAGAGCACUGCCAACAUUCUCCUCAACAGGACAGAGCGCGACCAGGCCAUCAAGGAUCUGCAGGCGGAGGUGUCACGGCUCCGCCUACAACUGGAGGACAGCCUGCACCGGCCACACCCAGACAGCCCAGCUUGUGUAGCUUCUGCUUUCAACCACUCCACCCAGACCCAGGGAAAGCUGGUCAAUUUCUCACCCUCCUGGGGCUCCCACUACGGCAGUAAAUCCACAGAGAGGCUGUCUGGGGAGCCUAAUGGCAGAGAGCCAGCUGAGCCAAUGGGAAGACGGCGAGCCAGGUCCUCCUCGGUGCCUCGGGAUGUACCCAGACUGCUCCUAAGUUCUGAAUCUGAGUCAUCUGUUCCUCGGCUACCAUCUGAGAAGAGCAGAACCUUGGAGGAGCAUCCCCAGGCUGCACAGUGGGGGACAAGACCGCCCAGCAGCACCAAGCGGAGGGAAAGAGUCUCCUUCCGGGGUCAGUACACAGGCCAGGAGUACCACAUUCUGUCCCCAAAGGCCGUCCUGAAGGACAGUGGUACAGCCUCCUGUCCCCACUGCCAGCCCAUUAGGACCCAGGACACAGGCAGUGCUGUCUAUAAAGAGCCACCGGGAUCAUCUGGUGCUGACACCCUCCGCUGUUCCCUCUGUGGUGAAGUCAAGUCAUCUGCAGAAGCAGAUGGCUCCAGCUCAGGCCCCUCUGAGAAGAACACCCCCAAAAAACCCGCACCUUCCACCCCCAGCCUCAAGCGGAAGAGCAGGCAGACGGGCUCACCAGUUCGAAUGCCCCCUGGACUCUGGUACCUGGCCGCUGCAGCCCCAGCCCCAGUCCCACCAGCCUUGGCCUAUAUCUCCUCAGCUCCCGUUUUGCCUUAUCCACCACCCACUGUGUACUAUGCAACCCCAGCACCUACCUCAGCCCAGACAACUUCCCCACAGCCUGCUCGGGGACCUCGGAGAACCCGGCGCUCUGUCCAGCUGGGUCUGAAUGACUUGGAGGAGUUGCAGGCCGCACUCAGAGAGGCUGCCCUGGCCGCUGAGAGCGUCCGCUCCACCACCCGUCAGCUGAGCCGCUCCCUGUCUGCAGAUCUGCGUCAUGCCCGGAGCCUGCGAGGCUCCUGCCUUUUCUGACUCCAUGGAGGCAGGCAGCAGCUGUUGUUUCCCAGUCAGCAGUCUUCUGGUACCACUGAUGGCUGGAAGAUGUCAUGCUCCCCUCCCCAGGAGUGCCACCUGCCUGGUCCAUGUGGCAUAUUUAAAAUGGAGAGACAUUGGCCUGGUCAGGAGUGGAUGAGUGUCCAGGGGACCAGCUCUGUCUAACAGGUGUAGUGACCAUAGCUCCCUCUGUCGAGUCAGAGCCUCUGAGACUCUCCUCACUGUCCCCCUCCUGUCCAUGAGCUUCUGCAGCUAUCAAUAUGGCUCUUACUGGACAGAAUGUCUUUACACUGGGGAGCUAACCUGAGCUUGGACCUGUCUCAGAAGGCCAGAGAAGACAAGAAAAGGCUGGGGUCUCUGAAGCAUUUUGGUCACUGCCUGGAAUAGCCACUCUGAGGCAGGCAUUGUCAGGGAGUGCUAGCUAGGGAUUUUGUUCCUAGUAACUAGUGGGCAGGGAUAGUACAUGGGGACCCGUAAAUGUCUUGGGACAGAGGCCUCAGAUGACACACGCCCAGCUCUUCUGUGGUUACAGAAGUUUUCCCCAUGAGCCCACAGAGUAGAGGCCAGGAAGCACCCAGCAGCCUCAGACUUUCCCACUAUGCUUUUGGAUUUUGUUAGCAUCUACUAGAGGACUGAGUUCCCUGCCAGGUCCUGGCCUGGGGCUGAAAGACUAGGCCAGCACCCCUUUCCCCAUCCCAUAGCAGAGUGACCUCAACAUUUCUGGUGUGUGUGUGUGUGUGUGUGUGUGUGUGUUAUCACAUAUUGUGUAUAUAUUUGAGGCAUUUAAAAAUCUAUUUUUGUUAUAAAAGUAAAUGAAGGAAAAUAAAUAAUGAACUUAAGAAAGGGCAAAGAAAUCCCCAAAGCUA